AUGUCCUCCGCUGACGAAAUUUCCACCAACGACACCCAAUUCAUCAUCGAAUGUCUCAAGAGCCUCGAAGAAGACAGACUGAUCAACCUCAACAAAGUCGCCAAAACUCUGGGCUACAGCAACGUCUUCUCCGCUGGCAACCGUCUACGCAGCCUACGAAACCGCUAUGGCUUCGCCAACUUCGAGGGUAAAACGGUCACUGGCAAAACCGUUGCUGGCGAGACACCGGGAGCCCCAGCUCCAGCCCCAGUUCCACCAUCUAAGAGAGGCCGUCCUCGUGUAAAGAAAGUUGUUCCCAUCCCCAAGGGUGAUAUCGCUGUCGAAGUUAUCAACAAGCGUAAGCGUGAAGAUGAUAACAACAAUAAUAACAGCAAUGAGGAGAACAACGACGACGUCUUUAAGAAAACCACUCGUCGCGGUCGCAAGCCCGCCUCUACCGCUACCACUACAGUCACUGAUAGCGAAGGUACAACCAACGGUCACGUCCACGGUCUAGGCGGAGAUGACAAGAACGGACAGGAGGCUGCUGGAAACGCCGAGUAG